CGGUACUCAUUCCGCGGAUUGUUUACAACUGGCUCCAUUGGCCGAUAUUGCAGACAGCGCAAGGCUACUAGGUGUCCUCGCAACUGGCAUCCGCUUUGAGCCAUACAAAUAAAUAGCACAGCACAGGAAGGCAACUCAAACCAACACACAAAUAGCCUCACAGAGGUGUUUGAGGGAAGAGUCGAUUGCCCGGAGACCUGUUCUGCUUCUUAGUACUGUACCCGAGGAAUGUGCUACACCCCAGGCUGGGAUAAAUGCAAUCUUUAAGAUUAAUGCUUUUGUUGGGGAUAAUGUGAGUUGUGGGCUCAGAUAAAGGGGUAGGGUUAAAACAACGGCAGCGAUGAGACUUGAUUGUGUAAGAUACAUUCCGCACACUGUCUACAAUGUGUGUGUGGUGCAGUGUCUUUGAUGAUUGAAGUGGUGGCUUCUCUGUCCCGGGGGCCAGUCUUCCUGGCUGGAGAGAUGCUGGAGUGUCUGAUCACCUUCACCAACCCCAUGUCUCACCUGUCUACCUCCGCCAGCAGUGAGAUGCUGGCAUGGGCCAGUGCCCAGAUCCACUGUCAGUUUCAUGCCAGUGAGAGCCGGGUGGCACUCCCCAGCCAGGGCGCCAAGCAGGAUGUGCAGGCAGAGAGCGACACUGUGCUCAUCUCCAGCCGAGGUGAGCGGGGGCAGUGCAUGCUGGACACUCCCCCAAAGAUUCUGUUCUGUGACCUGCGACUGGACCCAGGGGAGUCCAGAACAUACUCGUACUGUGAGACUGUGCCAGUGGAUGGACCCCCGACCUUCAGAGGUCAGUCAGUGAAGUAUGUCUACAAGCUGACCAUCGGCUGCCAGCGUGUCAACUCUCCAAUCAAACUGCUGAGGGUGCCCUUCAGAGUGCUGGUGCUGCACGGUAUUCCUGAGCCCCCGUUCCCACAAGAUGAGGAGGUGGCCCCUUCAAACCCCUUCUUGGAGGAGGAGGAGUCAGGGCGUCGUGACUCUCGGCUGUUGGAAAGAGCCAUGGACCUGCUGAUGAACAACACCUCCCGCCGCUCUCCCCACCUAUUCAACAUCACAAAUGCCCGGGGGAAGGUGGGCAAGUUCUGCAUCUUCAAGACAGUGUACCGGCUGGGAGAGGACAUCAUUGGCACCUUCACCUUCUCUGAGGGGGACAUUCCCUGUCUGCAGUACUCCGUGACCCUGCAGAGCGAGGAGGAGGUACAGCCUCAGUACCAGCGCCGGCCCGGCCAGCCGGCCAGUGUGACUGGACACGCCCGGCACCAGGAGGCCUGUCUGCACACCGCAGCCAGCCACUUCUCCCUGCCUGUCCCACUCAAUGCCACCCCAGGCUUCAGCACAGACAUCGUCUCUCUGCGCUGGCGUCUGCACUUCGAGUUCGUCACGGCCCGCGAGCCCGUGGAGCCGGCCAUCGUGCUGCAGAACCAGUCGGAGGUCACCGUGUGGACGGGGGCUGAGCACGUGGACGUGGACACCUUUAGCUGGGACCUGCCCAUCAAGGUGCUGCCGACCAAUCCCGUGCUGGCCUCCUACGUGUCCCAGUUCUCAGGGAAGAACAGCAUCAGUAUCUGAGCGGGGAUCUGCUGGGCUUGGGAAGUCAAAGCAGCUGCCAUAGCUGGACUGGAUCCUUUUACCCUGAGAGACACGGAAUUUCUCUUCUGGCUUCCUGUACUUCUGCCUGAGCCUCGGUUACUUCAUCUUAUCUGAAAUUCCUCUGAGCGGACAGACUUUUGCUCCAGAGUUUUGAUUGGUUUCUGAGGUAAAGAAGGCUGUGAAGCCUAUAAGACGGUGACCCGCGAGGAUGGGUUUAGAGAGAGGUGGUGGUUAUCACAGGUGUGGAGUGGUUAAGACAAGGGGUUGGUUUAGCAGAGGAUACCACAAGGAGAAAAGAUGAAUGUGAAUGAGGAUAAAUUAGCAUGACAGGGGAGAUAUGGUGCACAGGAGUGGCAGGCUAACAGGGUGAUGCAGUGAGGUAGAGCCGACAGCAGCAAGACCUGCCUUGACAGCAUUUCUCUGUGCCAACCGGACACAAUCCCCUGUCCCUCUGCCUCUGUUUCUUUUAAAGGGAGCUUUGUUUCCUUAUAAUAAGUCUUUCUAUUCUGUAAUGCAGUGUUUGUUUGGAAUAAACUAUAAUUUCUGUA